CUAGAAAUUUCCCAGUGUAAAGUAAACAGAGAGAAGUUUGGAGCUUUGUGGAGUUGUAAACACACGCAGACGUAGGACCACCGACCACCGACCACCUCAAAGGAUUAUCCCCUCCAGAAACCUCCCCAAUUCUGUGUUUUCACGGUUUCCCUCUCUGCCUGGCUAGUCGAAGAAAUACACAACAUGAUUUGGGACGAGUGGGACGACAAUGUAACCGACCACGAACAUUCCGACCAAGACUCCCAUGUCAAUUUCGAUUUCCUCUCCGCAUUGUCCAAGCCCAAGGAUUACUAUAAGAUAUUGGAGGUGGAUUAUGAUGCUACAGACGACUCCAUUCGAUGCAAUUACAUCCGCCUAGCGCUGAAAUGGCAUCCGGAUAAGCUAAAAGACGAGGACAGCGCGACUUCGAGGUUUCAAGAGAUAAACGAGGCCUAUCAGGUUUUGAGUGAUCCUGUCAAAAGGAGAGAAUAUGACAAGAAAGGGAUGCUGUAUGUCUAUGAUUAUAAUAUAAUCGAGUAUCUCAACCGUUACAAAGGCCUUAUAUUGACAUGCAAUGGUCUUGGGAUAAGGCAUUCAAUAUGGUAAGCGGAGAUAACAUUCAGAGAUUAACCUUUCAGCACAUCGAGGACAAACUUUCAUGGUGCCAUUUGGGGGGUUUAGUAUUAUGUUAUGCUCGUUUACAAAUGGAAAACUUACCAACAUCUUGUAACAUCUUACCCGUCCAUUUUACCUCUACUUGGAGGUCUGUUGAUCCCUCUCUAAUGGCUGAGUGGAAGGUCUUCUAUGCCCUCCCUUGCCUGUAUUGUAUAUCUAAGGCUGGAUAUAAUUAACUUACUGUUCAACCAAAGUAGCCCAUGUUAUUUGAAGUUGUUCUUUCCAUU